CCAGCAUGGCCCGCGUCCCGGCCCUGGCCCUGCUGUGGCCGCCGCUGCUGCUGGCGCUGACGUUGAUGGGGGCGCCCACCGAGGCCGGGAUCGAGAAGGUGACGGUGCAGGCGCCCUCUCAAGUGCACGGCUUCGUGGGCGACAACGUGACGCUGCCCUGUAAGCUGCUAUCUCCCGAGUCCAAACCCCCGAAAGUGACGCAGAUAACGUGGAUGCGGCGGGAAGCGUCAGGGGAUCUCAGCAGGGUGGCGGUCUUCCAUCCAGUGCAGGGCUCCCACAUCCCGGAGUCCGACCGUGUGGAGUUCCUGGGCGUCCAACAGGGCACGGAUCUGCUGAACGCCUCGAUAAUGGUGCGCGGGCUGCGAGCCCAGGACGAAGCCAACUACACCUGCGAGAUCGCCACGUUCCCGCGGGGGAGUGGGAGCAAACACAUCUGGCUCCGUGUGUUCUCGCGGCCGCAGAACGAGGCUGAGUCCCUGCUGGUCGAGCAGAGUCCCAAGCCGGUGCCCAUGGCGCGCUGCAUCUCCUCAGGGGGCCGCCCAUCACCUCGCAUUUCUUGGGUCCCGGACCUGGGAGGGAAGAUCAACGAGAGCCAGGAGCACCUGUACGGCACUGUCACUGUCACCAGCGUCUUAAUCUUAACUCCUUCAAGCCAGGAGGACGGCAAGACGGUCACCUGCCAGGUGGAGCAUGAGACACUGGAUACGCCUGCCCGGCUGCCGGUGAACCUCAGCGUGCACUGGAACUGCCAGCUCCUCCAGGCCUCCCAUCUCAACUGUUCCUGA